AUGGCAGGAAAAUUUGCAGUGGUGAAGAAGUGCAUCCAGAAAGGAACAGAAAGAGAGUUUGCAGCAAAAUUCAUGAGAAAAAGAAGAAAGGGCCAAGAUUGUCGGAUGGAAAUAAUCCAUGAAAUUGCAGUCCUUGAGUUGGCACAAUGCAACCUUUGGGUCAUUAACUUGCAUGAAAUUUAUGAAACUGCAACAGAGAUGAUUUUAGUCCUGGAAUAUGCUGCUGGAGGUGAAAUUUUUGACCAGUGUGUGGCUGAAAGGGAGGAAGCCUUCAAAGAAAAAGAUGUUAAACGACUUAUGAAGCAAAUUUUAGAAGGAGUUUCGUUCUUGCACAGAAACAAUGUAGUUCAUCUUGACUUAAAGCCGCAAAAUAUUCUACUCACCAGUAAAUCCCCUCUGGGUGACAUAAAGAUAGUAGACUUUGGUCUUUCCAGAAUAAUGAAGAGCAGUGAAGAACUAAGAGAAAUUAUGGGAACUCCAGAAUAUGUAGCUCCUGAAAUUCUGAGUUACGACCCAAUCAGCACAGCAACAGACAUGUGGAGUAUUGGAGUACUGGCAUAUGUCAUGUUAACAGGGAUAUCACCAUUCUUGGGAGAUGAUAAGCAAGAAACGUUCUUAAAUAUAUCUCAAAUGAACAUAAGUUACUCUGGAGAAGAUUUUGACCUCAUAUCAGAGUCUGCUGUGGAUUUCAUCAAAACCCUGCUCGUUAAGAAACCUGAGGAGCGGGCAACUGCUGAAGAAUGUCUUCAACAUCCAUGGCUAGAACAAAGUGAUAAUCCUGCUCACAGGGUCUGGAGUAAGAAUGCAGGAGAAGAGACCAGUGAUGUUGUCCAGAGAGAUGCAGAUUCUGCCUCUGAAAAAUCUGUAGAUGCUGAGAAAACUGCAGAGGAAGAAUCAAUAGUAACAGAAGAACUAAUUGUAGUGGCUUCAUACACCGUGGGACAAUGUAGGCAGUCAGAAAAAGAAAAAGUAACUGAGCAGAAAGCCAUUUCCAAACGAUUUAAGUUUGAGGAACCAUUGCUGCAAGAGUUACCAGGAGAAUUCAUUUACUGAACUGUAUGGAGCUUCAUAGCUUUAACUGAAGGGCAGUGGUUUCUACUAAACAACAAAAGUAUCUUAGCCAAGGGAAUCUCUGAUAUGCAAUAGAUGUUCUAGAUAAAGGAAAACUUUCAUAAAUGGCAACUAAGGGAAAUGUGCCAAGGUUUUAAUUUCAUGGAACAGUUAAACAAGAUUUCAAGUGGCUGACAGGAAUUUAACAAGGAUAAAAGCUUGCUUUUGUUUGCAUUUUUAUUUCCGAUUUUUUUUUUGUCUCUGGAUAGCAGAGUCUUUGUUAACUGUUCCAGUGUUCUGGAGAAGUUGAUGUUACAGGAAGUGUUUCAGUGACAGAGGCCAAAAGAGGACUAUUUUUUUAGGAUACAUUCUAUCUACCAUUUAAUGCAAAUAUGUGAUGCUGGGUUUUCUUCAAACACCUUUAGCACUCCUGACUUCAGUGGAACUAUCUACUGAUUUAACAAUUGUACAGGAAGAGAGUUUGAGUGGUUUGACAUACAGAUUUUGAAGCUAUACCUUGUAUAUAUUUCUUUGAGUUUGCAUCAAGUUGAAGACCCAGACUCAUCUGGCUUGGAGCCAAGCUAACUGUGAGCUGGGUUUAUCUAGCAAGAGAUAGACAUGUCCCCUAGGAAAAGAAAUCUGUAUCAGUGAAGAAUUCCAGAUUACAGUGGAGAUGCUUCUUUAUUUGGGAACACAGUAAGAUCCUGGUCUGGAGAGUGACAAGUUUAUGUAAAUAAGUCACUCCUGAGAACCAGCAGAGACUGCUCCCUUCUGUGCUGGGCUAGAGGCCCUAAUAAAAUCUCUCUCAAGAUGACUACAGGAGGUGUGUUGAUGAGAGGGGAAAAAUGACAUGGGGCCUGAAGUAGCUCUACUAAAGUUACUGGUAUUCUCUCCACUGACUCUAAAAUGUUGGUCCAACUGAUGAAUGAGCCCUGGAGGAGCGUACCCUCCCUGCCCUGCCCUGGACCCAGCUAGGGUUUUACUGGGAGCAUGAGGUCAUUGCUGACUUCUUUCUGUUCCUCUAACAACUGCUUUAAGGAAGAAAGAAGCAUCCGUAGGCUAAGUUGCAUAACCUUGUUCAAUAUAGCCAUCAGCUGAGGAAGAAGUACCCCUUUCAAGUAAUGAAGCAUACCUCAUACUUUGUGCUUCCCAAUCACUCUCCCUUAGACAUUUGUUUAAAACAGUAUGUGUAUGAUGGGGAAGAGUGGGAUUAGGGGAGCUGCAUGGAUGGGUCAUAUUUCUCAAUGGACAGGGUCCCCCAUUAGAAGAUAAAGCAGGGACCACCUGGGCAUCAAAACUGUUUUGUUGUGUUACAGGUAUGAGGCUCUUGGACUGAGUCCUAGUUUUCUAAGAAAUCUUUCAUAUUGAUGCUGUUCCAAAGUUUAAAUUUUUAUGUAAUUGACAUGUAGUGCUAUUAUAUUGCAUACUGUUAACUAUUCAACUAUUUAUUUGGUUUCUUUAUGCUGUUCCUUUAUAAUAAAACCCUGACAAAAGUUUUCUUGCUAUAAAACAAUGAAUAGAAAUGCUUAAACUACUUUUUCCUUUUUUUGUGUUGCUGCAGACUCUUACCUAAUUUCAAACAUGUACCAGGAAUGUGCUUACUCUUUUUAAUGAACAGGAGUUCAAUGCUCUGUGCUAAUAUUACAGUUCCUCCUUCACACAAAAGGUAAAUGGCUUUAUUAAUAACACAAACAAUAUUGGUGUGGUCUAAUUGGUAUUACUAUAAGGGUGAGAGAAAGCAUUAGUAAAGACAAAAAUGAAGGAAAAGCACUGGCACCUAGUGUGAGGCAAUGUGCAUUUUCCUAUAAUGCUUCAUUGUCAGUGGUCUGGUUGCCUUUAUUUGAAGCCACAUCAGAAGAAAAUGCACCCAAAUUAAACAGUUUCAUUAAGAUGUUUCUCCUGUUGAAUUACAUAUUGAAUAUACAUGCAGGUGGGACAACAUCUCCCUCCAUGAAGGCCUUCGUAUAAUAAAGCAUCCAGUAGUACUUGAAUAAUUUGGAUGUGCUUUAUAUUGUAAUCCAGAGGUGCCUUUAGUACAUGGGAGAAAUGGGUCAUUUGCUGUUUAGUUCCUGUAGACAGGAACCUGGUAGACUCAUACCAUGAAAGAUUUAUUUGGAUAACUGUGGCUGGUAAUUAAUAGAAGUUAAACAAAAAUCUUUGAGCCCAUAGAGUACUUGUGUUAUAUAGGCAUUUAUGGAAGUGAUGAACAAUAGAGGCAUUACGCGUGUUUUUCUACCCACAGUGCUGACCACUGUUAGACUUCUUAAUCAAGCCAGUAUUCUUCAUAGUCAUAUCUCUUCAGUCAUUUGCCCAAGACGCAUCUGUUUGGGUUGCAUUAACUUUUGAAGUUGAUCUGUGCACAAUUAAAAUUGCAGUGAUUGAAGCUGGAAAACUUUGACCUGUUUUUAAACAGGUUGAGCAAAGCACUGAAACAUGCCACAUUCCACAGUUUUAAAGCACAAUUUUAUGUUGCUCUAUCUGGAUACCUAAAUACAAACUAGUAGUUCAUGCUUACUCAUGACAAAUCAUUCGAUGAACCUGUAAGCUGUUUUAAUUCCUAUGUGUAACCACAGAUUAGCCCUCACAGUUAGGGAUGUGGGUUGGUACUAAUGAAAAAGAGUAGAUGCUGAGCAGCAUACACUUUGUCCUAUAUUUACUCUUUUUAAUGUAUGACAAUGAAGCUUAACAUGUAUAAAUGCAAUGGUGUACUUGUUACAAGGCCAGCUUCUUUUGAAUUGGCUGCUUUAAGAUUUCCAGUGCUGCAUUUUCAUUUAACUUUUUGUGCCUUAAGGUGUUUUUUACAGUGUUUUAUGUCAUUAAGAAUUUGUAUAAAGUUGUGAAAGUUUAAUAGUAUAAGUUAUAAGCAGGGCAUCUUAAAUUGGCCCUUUAAUAGGAAAAAAUUUCUAUAAUGUAUUACUGCAGGACUAUCAGCCAGUUCCACUUGCAUUUGAAGCUAUUUCACUUCCACUGUAAGUGUGGGUAAAGCUGUAAAUGAGGUAUUCUUUCUCUACACUGUAGAAAGCAGCUAUCGAGGUUAAUGGUUUUGAGAGGUUUAGGUACUAGUAAACUGAUCCAUUAAGACUGAGGACAAAUCACUAGCUUGUGAAGAACAGCUGGUUUUCUGCAGCUCCUUGAAUGUGCAGGACUGCCUUUACACACACAAUUUAUCGGGGCAGGGGUGGGGGGUGAGAAGGGGAAGCUGCUUAUGCUUGGUGGAAGGAGAGAGGGAAGGAAUAAACUCCUUGACCCUCGUUCCUUCAGGACUGAAAUAGCAUUGCCCACGCUUUCUGUUGCACUCAGCACCUGCUGAGUGCACUGUGCGUACAAGUGCCAUGGCUUGCCUUCGUGAGGUUUGGAGCAAGGCUACUAUUUACUUGAAUGGAGGACUCAAAGGACUGGAAGAUGUUCUUAGAAACGGCUAGAGAAUUGUUAAUUCUAGGUGUUUGCCUAAGAGACCUGAACUAUCAGCUCCCUAUGUGCUGUGGAGGUUUGGGGGUGGGGGACAGUAUGAUGGGGCUCAAAGGUGCAGACCUUUACAUCCCUUGCAGUUGUUGGCAUGAACAGCAAAUACAUCUAGUUGAAAGCAAAGCCUGUUGCUUUGCCUCUACUUUUUGCUGACUGCUAUGUUUAUGGGUGUUUGGGUUUUUUUUUUUUUGGAAGAGGCUAUAGACUUAUAGUCAUCAAAACUAGAAGGUCUAUUUAAAAAAAAAAAAAUCUCAUUCUUUGUCCAAAGCAGAAUUUUUAUUGUGAUUUGUCUCUUUUUUUUUUUAAACCUUUUUUCUUCCCUAAUUGAGGGUACCUAGAUGCAAAACCAGUGAAUUCCAGCUUGUAAUCUACCAGAUAAAUCUUGAUGUCAGUUAGGAAACAGGAACAGAAAUUAACUGCCCCUCCUCUACAGGAGAAGGGAGGAAGAGGUGGCAUUGGACCAUUUUAUUCCUUGGCUUAGGCUCUCUCAAGGUGCUUCAGGAACUUGUCUUGGAAGAUAGUGCUACAGUUGAAAGAAAUGCUGCCAGCUUAUUAUACUUCUGUCAAUAUAUUUACUGUUUCAGAAGCUUUACAAUAACUGAAACUUACUUCUUGAACAGCAGCUUUGGAGUUCUUCAUUGGGAGAACUUUCAAACAUAAGGUUAAAAAAAAAGCUUUCUUAAAGUCAACAUUUGUUGAUUUGAAACAGAAUUCCAAAAGUUGUGCUAGCUUAUCUCAGACUAAAUGGCUGAAUGAUUACUGGAAUCGUUGUUAAAGCUAAAGCAAGUAAAAUGUGGCACUGUGAACUAUAGCAACUUUAAAAUUCUCUUCUCUGUUUGGUGACUGUACACCUUCACAUUUGGCUUUGAGUAACAAUUGGAUUUUUAUCUCCAAAACUGGGUAGUAGUGUGUUAUAUGGAGUCUUUUGUUCAAAUGUCCUUGCCUCUCUCCAGGAACUUUUGGAUGUUUCUCAACAUCCAUAUAACAAGAUUACUGAUAUUUUAGUUUUCUGAAUUAAGCAUUUGUUAAAUUUGUAUUGGCUGCACAAAGUACAUCAAUAAUCCUUUCCAUUCUAAAGCAAUACUUAUUGUUUGCAUUGUAGAGAUCUUCAUGAUACAACACUUACAAAUGUUGAAUUAAGCUGUCAUUGGGAUUAAUAAAUAUAAUCAUAUUACUCA